AUGGCUUUCUCUAAUAAGCCUCAUUGCAUAUUGAUUUUUAUGAUCUCAUUUUUCAUUCUUACUCUUUUUGUUUCAGCGUUAGAUGUCUCAGAUGUUGUGGCGGAAGCACCAGGACCAGGAUCAGGCGGUGACAGCUUCUUUCCUCUAUCAAAAAAGCAUGUUAUAAUCCACAACGUUGUAAAGAACAGACAAACUCUGAAUGUACAUUGCAAAUCUGAUGACGAUGACUUGGGGUUGAUCCAUAUUCCUUGGAAUCAUUACUGGGGUUUCCGAUUUCGUGUUAACAUUUGGAGCACUACAAUGUUUCGUUGCCAUUUUACGUGGUACGGAGGGGGAUCUCACCUUUUUGUAAUAUUCGACCCAUGGAGAGACGAUGAUGAAUUUGCAGCGUAUCCAGCCUGCGAUAAAUGUCUUUGGCAGGUGAGAAGACAGGAUGGAGACGAAGCUAUUUGUCGUAUAGAGGGAGGUUCAGAUCCUUAUUGUUUCCCAUGGCUCGAUAAUGUGUAA